ACCGUCUGUGGCAUAACGUCGACUCAGUUUAACCCUCGGCUAGAGCCCCAAUAUUCCGGACGAUCUAACUCUAAACUACCUACUUCGCUAUGUCUAGUCUGGUUCCCCUUUUACCUGGCCCUGUUAAGCCAGUGGAGAACCAGCCUACGACAAUUAUGACCAAGACUGACAUCGUCUUGCGGAAGCGACUCCGGCCUGUGUCUGCAGCUUGUGAAGAAUGUCGCAAGCGGAAGUCAAAAUGCAAUGUUCCGCGGCCGUGUGAACCAUGUGUUCUUCGCCGCUCGGAAUGUCGCUUCGGUCCAAAAGCCGACAUACAUACGCUUUAUAGGGCACUGCAGCGUAAGUACACCGAGAUGAGUGGUGACAAGGGUCGCGUUGAUUCCCUCCUUGCGAUAAUGCGCGAGAAGCCUGAGGAUGUAGCACAAGCUGUCUUCAGGCGGGUUCGAACAGGAUCUGAUCCAGAGGCUAUCUUGAGCUCAAUUGAGGGCGGGGACAUACUGAUGCAGCUGCACCUGGCCCCUGCAUCUCAAGUCCGCUAUCCAUUCCCGUACCGGAAUGCGUUGCCUGGUAUCUUCGCCAAAACAAAGAGUGCAUACAUAGACUCCUUGGCCCUCGAGACGCCAUAUUUUGGCUCGGACUCUCCACAAACGUUUGAUGCACGAUUGAUCUCGUAUCUGGACGCCCCAAAGUACAUGCCAUACCACUUUGCAAAACUAGUCGAGCCAUUGCUAGACUACGCUACCAUCUCUCGCUGGACGAAUGUGUGCACCGAUGAGCCUUUGCUACACAGUCUCAUGGAAGCAUACUUCCUGCAUAUCUACUCGGCCUUCCCCUUCUUCCACAAAGAAUGUUUCCUGCGAGGUCUUGGUUCUGGAUCUAGUCGCUUCUGCUCCAACCUCCUUGUCAAUGCUGUCUUGGCUCAUGCUUGUCACGCAACCCCCUGGAUUGCGCACCGCAACGAGCAUUGGAAUCCCCAUACUCUCGGCUAUACAUUCCUCGCCGAGGCCCGGCGUUUAUUGGAACUUGAAACAUUUCGACCAAAGAUCACAACUGUCCAGGCCCUGCUCGUGAUGAACAUUACCGUGAACGAUCAUGGCGUUGACGGCGCCUCACAUCAGUAUUUACUCAACGCUGUAUCUCAAGCAAGGAUCAUGGGUUUGUUCAACUCUCCUAGUGAACCUAUUGAACAGAAUGCGGAUCAAGAUGUCGAGGUUGUCCGUGAAGUGACAGCCUGGGCUCUUUUCGCUUGGCAAGGAAUCAUAUCUUCCAUGGCCCAAGAGAUACCUCUGCUCAAGGAUCCUCCUCAGACGUCCUACCCGGACCCCGCCCAAUGCCCAUUCUGGUAUGGCGAUAUCUGGGUCCGAUACCCCUCAAGCCGAGAGCCCAUCGCAACCAAGUAUUACCAGACGUUCAAGGCAUACUUGGAGUUCUGGACCAUAUUCAAUGACAUUGCCAUCUUUUUGUUCCGUCCUGUCCAAAUCCGGUCACUUUACCUCGGUCAGGCUGUCGAGUUCUAUUCUCGAUUGCGAUCCUGGUUUGAUGGUCUCCCAGAUGACCUACAUCCAGGAAAAAUAGCCCUACCUUUCCAGCUAAGGCUACAUAUCCAAUAUUGGGCUCUUUUGAUGGAUCUCUUCAGACCCUUUGCAGGCUGGGACGAUCCCACAAAAGUACUUGACCAGACGCCCUCUGAGAUACUUGCAGAUGCUCGGAGAAACCAAGAGCUUGUGCUUCGCAUUUAUUACCUGCGUCACGGGACCGAGACUCACGACUCCUGGCUCUCUAUGUUCCUUCUCAGACUUGGUUUUCUUGCCCUUCAAGAAGUGGCCAUUUCGUCAGACAACGACGACUCGCUUGCAACAUUGAUCCUGGCGCUCACAAGCCUCGACAACCAAGGUAAGUGUUAUUUCAAGGCAGAGUUCACUCUACGAACCAUCUGUGCACAGAUGCGUUCCCGAGACCUUGAGACCUUCAAGCAGUUUGCAACCUUUCAGGAUCUCGAUGUUCCUCAGGCCAUAGAAAGUCGCAUUGGUUUUAUCAAGUCAUACUGGCCUGUAAACAUGGAUUUUACCAGGCAAGAGCGGAAGACCAUCCGCGAAGUAGCUGCUGAGGCUAUUGGAAUGAACUUGAUGGAUAAUGAGUAGCCCUGUACCAGCAGGAGAGUAAACUUGGACAGGAAAGGAACAGGUAAAUCUAUCAGGAUUAGCACACCAUAUUUCUGCACCAAUUCCUAGAUUCGGCAUAUUGGUCAGGCAGUGUACAGCUAGCGACCUAAAGGUCCCUUGCUAAGAGGUCUUUGUAAGAAACCUAACUUAUGAUAAUGACGAUACUGAGGGGGAAACACGGAAAAGAUUCACUCAAAUUGAGGAUGCUUGGUGCGCAGGACGGCUUUCUGGUAUUAUUUCGCUAUGAGGAACUAGAUUAAAU